CUUUGGAAUUCCCGUUUACGACUUUUCGUUUAAGAACACCGAGCAAUUGGUCAGUACACGAACACAAACUCACGAAAUACCUUUGAAUAGCAGGAAGAGGAGAGGAAUUGAUAUGAUAGGAUCAUAAUGAAGAUGGGUCGGCAACCUAUUGUUGCUGUAGGUCUGUCAAGGCGCUGAAAGUGAAAGUGAAAGUACGAUUACUGAGUGACUACUAGCACCACAAGAGGUGUCAGUCAGAAAGCUGUUUCAAGUAUCUGCCCUCAGCCACGUUUACUUCUCAACUUGCUAAAGACUUGCAGGGUGUUCCGUAACGUCUUGCGUGAUGCUUCAUGGUGAUGUGAAGAGCUGAACUUGUAAUGGCCAGUACAGACGAGGACAGUGGACACCAUCUGGCCAUGACCACAUCCGGUGAGCAGUCGCGAGGUCACAUGGCCACUUCCAGUGAGCAGUCUGGAGGUCACAUGGACACUUCCGGUGAGCAGUCUGGAGGUCACAUGGACACUUCCGGUGAGCAGUCUAGAGAUCACAUGGACACUUCCGGUGAGCAGUCUGGAGGUCACAUGGACACUUCCGGUGAGCAGUCUGGAGGUCACAUGGACACUUCCGAUGAGCAGUCUCGAGGUCACAUGGCCAUUCCUGAUGUUGACUCUGAAAGUUCAGAUGUAGAAAACUUAACAGCAGAGGAGGACGUUGUGCUAUUGAACCAGCCACCAGUCCCCGGAUUCGGUGACCGUCCUUCAGGGGGCUCCCAGGUUGCCAACACUUUGAACAUCAUCACCGAACAGACCAGACAAGGAACACUUGGGAGAGGUACCCUUGAUUUGCGCACAGACGAAGCGAAGAAGAUUUUUCUUCCAACUGAACCCUACAAAGACAUGAAACGAAAAUUGAAGGAAUUUGGACAUGUGACCAUCUGCGGGGCUUCGGGAGAAGGCAAGACAACGAUGGCUCUGGUGUUAGGGUCAAAGUAUAGAUGCAAAGGCUACGAGGUCGUGUUUGUGGAGAAUAUUGAGAAGUUUGACUUAGACCACUGUCUUAGUAGACACCCCAGAGUAUUCCUCAUAGUAGAUGACAUGUUUGGUACUGUUGGAAUAUCUGCGAAUACAUCACAGGUGAAAUCCUUUCUAGACAACCUUCUCCUCCAUUUAGAACAAAAGUGGAGUGUGGAAAAGCUGCAGUCAGAAAUGCAUGAAAGCUAUAAUGCUGUUGGUAAAUCCAGAAAGAAAGUGCAGAGUCAACCAGAAUUUCAAACAAAAGAUAGUGAUACUGUUGGUAAAUCCAGAAAGAAAGUGCAGAGUCAACCAGAAUUUCAAACAAAAGAUAGUGAUGCUGUUGGUAAAUCCAGAAAGAAAGUGCAGAGUCAACCAGAAUGUCAAACAAAGGAUAUUCGUGUGAUCUUCACAUCAAAGUCAUACAACUUCCAUGAUGGACUUGCAAAACUGCAGUACGAGGGUUUCAAACUGUUCAACGGUCAAACUGUAAUGGAUUUAACCACACAAGAUAAAUACUGGCUUUCUGACAAAGAGAAAAAGACAAUAUUUGAACAACAUAGGAAUGCUCUUGGUGACUGCUCCAUGCAACAUAUACCUGAUUACAGUGAGCUGGGAAUAUGUUCAAAUGUCUUUGGAUUCCCUCUUAUUUGUAAACUUUGUUUUGAAUUUUCAUCUUUCUACAAAAAUGCAAAAUCUUUUUUCAAGGAACCUCUGUUUUAUCUCAGGCUAGAACUAAAGCAUUUGCUUGAAGAGAAAAAUGACCGAUCAGCCAUUCUUGUUCUGAUGCUACUGUGUGAAGACAAAUUGGACCUGAGCAAGUUAGACAGUGAAGGUGAGGAUAAGGAAAUCGACAGCCUGGUCAAAACUGUUUUACAGCUGAUGUCUGACGCUACACGUUCAGGCAUGUACAAAGCAGCUAAAGGUUUGAGAGGUACAUUCUUCACAAGAGGAGACACUGUUGGAUUUGCUCAUUCUUCAAUCUAUGAUGCUUGUAUGUGUGCCUUGUACAAUAUCAGUCCAAUCUUUGUUUUGAAGCACUGCAGUGAUGACUUUCUGUUUGAAAGGGUACAAGGUGACAAGGUUGAAGAAACCAAAGUUGAUGAUCAUCUCCAUUUGAUAUAUGUCUCAGAGAAUUAUGAUAAUCUACUUACCACAAGGUUUGCACAGUCUAUUAAACUAGGACAGUUUUCUAAAUCAGUGACACAUCCAAUUCUCAAACAAGACACCACCGUUUUCAAGCUGCUCAACAAACUUCAAGGUGAUCGGACAAAACAGACUCAUCAGCAUAAUCAAACUGAUUCUAAGGAAGAACCUUGGUUUCACAAGAAAGAGAAAGGACAAUGUUUUCUGUACUGGGCAGUUCUUGGACAUAAUGCACGUCUAGUUACAUAUAUAGAACACACAACUGGAGAAGAGUUCACUCAAGGAGAGAUCAGUGAGGCCAUGGAAGGAUGUGCACAAAGCAACAACGUGACAGCAUUGAAAUGGCUGUUCAGCAGGAGUGAGAAACAUGACCAUCAGUUGACACUGAACAGACUUUUGUUGGUAGCUGCUGAAAGUGGCAGCUCUGACAUACUAGUGUAUCUGCUGCAGGAAGGCGCUGAUAUUAACACAAGUGACAAAAACAUGCAAACCAUCUUCCAUCUUGUCAGUAAAUCAGGAAUGGAAAAAACCCUGAAAGUCCUGUUAACCAGGAAACCUGGGAAUAAUGUUAUAAACUCUGUUGAUGUGAAUGGCAGGACCCCUGUCAUGGUUGCAGCACACACAGGAUCAGAGGGAUGUUUUAAGUUACUGCAGACAAUAUCAAACUUGAAUGUGAAAGACAAAUAUAGCUACGAAAUUAUUCAUCUUGCCAGUUUUCGUGGUGCCAAGGCUAUAGUGCAACAUGUCCUGUCUCCUUCUAACAUCAACAGUAGAGGCACACAUGGAUACACACCAGUAAUGGUGACAGCUGUCAGUGGACAUCAAAGUGUGUUUGACCUCCUUGUGUCCAACCAAGCUGACCUCACACUGGUGGAUACACAUGGUGAUAGUUUACUUCAUCUUGCCUGUCGCUGUGGGAACACUGCUAUAGUACAACAUGUUCUGUCUCCUUCUAACAUCAACAGUAGAGGCACACAUGGAUACACACCAGUAAUGGUGGCAGCUUUCAAUGGACAUCAAAGUGUGUUUGACCUCCUUGUGUCCAACCAAGCUGACCUCACACUGGUGGAUACACAUGGUGAUAGUUUACUUCAUCUUGCCUGUGAGGGUGGGAACACAGCUAUAUUACAACAUGUCCUGUCUCCUUCUAACAUAAACAGUAGAGAGAGGCAUGGAUACACACCAGUAAUGGUGGCAGCUAUCAAUGGACAUCAAAGUUUGUUUGAUCUCCUUGAGUCCAACCAAGCUGACCUCACACUGGUGGAUACAGAUGGUAAUAGUUUACUUCAUCUUGCCUGUCAGGGUGGAAACACUGCUAUAGUACAACAUGUCCUGUCUCCUUCUAACAUCAACAGUAGAGGGAUACAUGGAUACACACCAGUAAUGGUGGCAGCUUUCAAUGGACAUCAAAGUGUGUUUGAUCUCCUUGUGUCCAACCAAGCUGACCUCACACUGGUGAAUACAGAUGGUGAUAGUUUACUUCAUCUUGCCUGUCGCGGUGGGAACACUGCUAUAGUACAACAUGUUCUGUCUCCUUCUAACAUCAACAGUAGAGGCACACAUGGAUACACACCAGUAAUGGUGGCAGCUUUCUAUGGACAUCAAAGUUUGUUUGACCUCCUUGUGUUCAACCAAGCUGACCUCACACUGGUGUAUACAGAUGGUAAUAGUUUACUUCAUCUUGCCUGUCGGGGCGGAAACACUGCUAUAGUACAACAUGUCCUGUCUCCUUCUAACAUCAACAGUAGAGGGAUACAUGGAUACACACCAGUAAUGGUGGCAGCUGUCGGUGGACAUCAAAGUGUGUUUGACCUCCUUGUGUCCAACCAAGCUGACCUCACACUGGUGUAUACAGAUGGUGAUAGUUUACUUCAUCUUGCCUGUCAGGGUGGAAACACUGCUAUAGUACAACAUGUCCUGUCUCCUUCUAACAUCAACAGUAGAGGGAAACAUGGAUUCACACCAGUAAUGGUGGCAGCUGUCGGUGGACAUCAAAGUGUGUUUGAACUCCUUGUGUCCAACCAAGCUGACCUCACACUGGUGAAUACAGAUGGUAAUAGUUUACUUCAUCUUGCCUGUCAGGGUGGAAACACUGCUAUAGUACAACAUGUUCUGUCUCCUUCUAACAUCAACAGUAGAGGGAUACAUGGAUACACACCAGUAAUGGUGGCAGCUGUCAGUGGACAUAAAAGUGUGUUUGAGCUCCUUGUGUCCAACCAAGCUGAGCUCUCACUGGUGGAUACACAUGAUGUAAGUUUACUUCAUCUUGCCUGUCAGGGUGGAAACACUGCUAUAGUACAACAUGUUCUGUCUCCUUCUAACAUCAACAGUAGAGGGAUAUAUGGAUGCACACCAGUAAUGGUGGCAGCUGUCAGUGGACAUCAAAGUGUGUUCGACCUCCUUGUGUCCAACCAAGCUGACCUCACACUGGUGAAUACAGAUGGACAUGGUUUACUUCAUAUUGCCUGUCAGGGUGGAAACACUGCUAUAGUACAACAUGUCCUGUCUCCAUCUAACAUCAACAGCAGAGGGAUGCAUGGCCAUACACCAGUAAUGGUGGCAGCUGUCAGUGGACAUAAAAGUGUGUUUGAGUUCCUUAUGUCCAACCAAGCUGACCUCACACUGUUGGAUACAUCUGGUCAUAGUUUACUUCAUUUUGCCUGUCAGGGUGGGAACACAGCUAUAAUACUACAUGUCCUGUCAUGGAUACACACCAGUAAUGAAGGCUGUGUUUUAUGGACAUAAAGAUGUGGUCGACCUCCUUGUGCAGCACAAAGCUGACCUCACACUUCUAACAGACGGUAAUGAGGACAUUGAAUGUUUAGCUCAGAUGGAUGGACAUCCAACUCCAACCAGUUAUCUUCAAAUUGUGAACCAUCCACACUGAUUAAACUCUCUCCUGUCAAACAAAUCCACAGGACUGUUCUUUCCCAUUCUAUACAUUCACCGUCAAGUGCGGAUACACCUGUUUGGAAAAGGUAAGAUGCACAGCCUUUUGAAGAAAGAAAUGCUUGCACAGGAUUCAGGAAACAAAGUGCAUUUGUAAGACAGUUACUGAAUUGUUAUCCUUAUAUAAGACAAUAACAAUUCACUGAAUGAUUUGGUUAUAUGUAAUCAUGACUAGUAUGCCGCAAGAAGUUGGGGGCGCACCCUUGAUGAGCAAGAUUUUCUGCAGACCAGUUAUUGUGAACAAUUUGCAAACCCCAAAACAUGGUCUCUUGAAAGAUACAGACUCCACUGCCAGAAUAUUACAUGGUGAGUCACCCAGUGAAUAGCCAUAAUCCGGUGCACGAAAUCUGCCAUGGUAGUACCUGUUGCUGAUUACAGGACACAGGACAUGCAGUCUAUCUCACAAGCUCUUACAUAAUCUGUGGGCCUGGCCGCCAUAUUGUUGAUAUCGACAGCCCAACAUUGUCUUGUAACUCGCAUUCUGGUUGGUUUCCAUGACUGAGUAGCAAAGCAAAUCAAACUGGCUAAUGAAAAUCAAUGCCGGGUAAUUUGUGAUCACGAGUUUGGUGUUUUGGGUACAGAGUUGGUAAAAAACUGCAAGUGACAACAGAUCACGUUGUCAAUAUAGUGAAGCAGAAUAGUUUCCGGAAAGUGACAUCUCGUGAGUUGUAUGGUGGGUUUGUAAAUCUGGACAGAAUUGAAGUGACCUAAUUGAUAUGACUUUAAUGAGAUUACCAUUAUUGAUAUGUUGGCUGUAGGAGCAAAGUUUGUUAUAUUUCCUAUUUAAAUUAGGCCCGUCAGGGUGCUGCUUAAUAUAUUUGCUUGGUUUUGAGGUUGACAGAUGUUACAGACUUCAAAGCUUUAUACCCCUAGGAUGUUUUUACAUAUGAUUAGAUGACAUGAGAGGUUCAAAAAGCCUGUGUACACCAUAACUUGAGUAUUUAUUAAUGGAAUUUCAUGAAUCUUAGUAUAUGUGAUCUCUUACGUUUGGUGACCUCCAUAUAAGGUCAAGGUCACUGGAGGUCAAAUAAUAGUGAGUGAGUGAGUAUGGUUUUACUGUCCUGGGCUGUGGGGGUCACACUUGAUUUACCAGAUCUGGGAAGGUCAUGUGACGUCGUCCAAAUAAAGAGGACACGUAAACGAAAACCCUGCACUUUCGUGGACCUUGUGUUCAUGUUUAACAUGCAGAUCACACACAUACAUGGUCACAUGGUUCGCACGUGGAUGAGUUUUGGAGAAUUUGCAUGUUUGUAGUCUGUAUUUUGCCAUAAGGCAGCUGUAACAAUAGUGUUGUUUGGACCACCUGUAUCUUCAUGAUUCAUGUAUCACAAUGUGUAAAAGUCCGACAUUGUAGCAGUUGCUGGUUGAAGUCAUUAGCACAUAUCAUUUUGUCUGUCUUUAUUUAAGGAAUUGUACUUUCAUUAAUAAUGUGUGUACACAAUAUUUAUCUUGAGCAUUUAUAUGUAAAUAGAACUUGACGAGACUUUAUAAGCAUAUCUUGAUCGUUCGUGGUUGAAUGUCAAGGUAAUUAAACCAGAUGUGCUUGUUAUGUAAGGCAGCUAGAGGCCAUGGACUUUCAAGAUUUCAAGGUUGUACUGCAUUGCAUGUGUUUUCCCAUACUGAAGUUAUGUUAUAAAACAGAAGUGCUUAUACCUUGGCUAUUACGGUAGAGAGUUGCAUGGGACUUUCUAUUUCAAAGUUGUACUGUCCUGGGCAUGUGUGCAGUCAGUGCCUUAACUGAUGUCACUAUCAAAGUGGCAGGUUAUUAUGAUUUAAAGAUCUAUAAAGGUAUAUUUUUAAAGGUCUAACAAUAUCUGUACAUCUUGUAACCUUAAUGUUGUAGAAAAUAAGUAUCAUUUUAUGCUUGUGUGUAAACUUCUUCAAUUAAGAAACAAGUAUAUUCCAAAGAAGUUUACAUCUUACCUCAAAUAUUACUUUAUUACAAAAUAUUGCAUUGUACAUACAUCAUGUAUUGCUAGUCAGAGGAAACACGCAUACCCUAUAAAUACGUUGAACUAUGGACCUAUGGACUUUCAGUUUGCAAUGAAAAAACGAAUUUGAAAGUGUGCAGUCAAUGCCUUAACUGAAGUCACUAUCAAGUGAUUCACCAUAUAUGUUUUUGUUGGGAAUUCUCUGGGGCUUCAUGAAGAGGUUUGCAUGUAACGCUAACAGCUUUCUCGUUCAGCAUGUAUAAUCUGCAAUAUAUUCACUUGUAAAAUUAGGAUGUUUAUAAUGGUUUAAUUUAUGCAAUUAAUAUGAACAAGUUUAUUUUCAAGUUGUGUUAUGUUUACUUUUUUCAAUGCUGGAAUAUGUGUGUCAUGACAUGUAAACUAUUUCUUGUGUGUAAGAGUAUUGUAUUAAUGCUUUUGUUUUCAAAAUGCUUUUAGCAUCCUGACAUUCAAUUAUAUUUAACUCAUGUUCACUUCUCAACAUCAAUAGCAUACAUCAACAUGACCAAGAAUAACCUGGGUCAAAUCUCUCGGAAUCUGUGAUCAAACAACCAGUUAUUGAAGCAGGUUGAAUCAGAAUAUGUUGUCCGUGCAUCACUGUCAAUGUGUGUACAUCGUUUAACUGUUUGCAUACAGAGAUUGUCAUAAUAAAUACUACUUGGCCAUGAA